GUAUUUGUGAAAUAUGACGUUGUGGUUGUUAGAAACACAGACUGUAGAGGAUGAGUCAAAAAGUGUCUGGAAUGUGCUCUUAGAGCAGCAGAUUUAUUGUAUUAUUUUACUUGUUGGUACCGUUAAAAUAUUUCAGAGUCCUUCUUGGGAAGCCACCUUGUCUUCUUUUUUCUGGUAUUGCAAAAGUGGAUUUGCCAUAUUACUAUUUUAUUUUAACAGAAAAUAUUGCGCGUAUUACUCAUUCUUAUGUUUUGUCUUUGCGUUUCUGUUCCUGCAGCCACGCUAUAGAGGUCCAAGUAACGUUGUCCAACUUUCAAGAGAUGAUUUUCAAGAGUUGGUUUUAUCAUCCAAAGAGAAUAGAAGGAAUAUAUGGAUAGUAGAGUUUUAUGUUCCGUGGUCAGAACAAGUCAAGACACUGGACUCUCUGGUUGCCAAACUGUCUUUGGAAUAUAAUAAUGACAUUCUUUGCUUCGGGAAGUUAAAUUUAGCUUCUUAUCCAGAUAUCGGAAUGGAGUUUGGUAUCGAUACCCAGUCUUCAACCAAGGUCAUUCCAACCUUUAUCGUGUUUGAACGAGGUAAAGAAAGACAAAGAGUUCCAUGCCUGGAUCAUCGUGGUAUGGCAGUACCAAAGGAAGUAUGGAGAAUGAAGAAAUCGGAACUUGUUUCUGCGCUACAACUGGAUCAUUACGUAUUCAUCUCCAAAAUGUCCAAAUAGAAACAUGUUAUUGCUUUUGAAAUAGUUGAGUAGUAGUAAUAGUAGAAAAUUUUUUCAAGCAAAUGACAGAUAUUGUUCAAAGAUUGUUAGAUUCACUUGUUUCACUGGUUGGAAUUUAUCUAAAGGAUCACUCCUCAGUGGAACGACAAUUUUCAAUCAACUUGUCACGGAAUGAAAUUCGCAGUUUUCCUAUUCCAUCAUAGUCAAAAUGGUAUAAAUGACAUCUCUUGGUAUGGAUACAUAAAAAUAGAAAGAUAAACGCAAUCUAGACAAAGUUCCAUGUGGAAUGAUGAAUAGAUAACAACCAAAUAUGCCAGUUGAUGACUCUGCUUAUGAAAUCAUAUAA